CUUUUUAUCGUCACUAAAAGAAUUUCCAUUUUGCGCGUGAUAUUUUACCUUAACAUCGUUAGGUUUCUCUCUCUCUUUCUCCCUAACCAGAAGACCGUUCCUUCAUUAACCAAUGUUUGUUGCAUCAGUUCUGUGUCAAUCGGUUCUUCCUGUUUCAGCCUACCCAAAGCCCAAACCAUUGUUCUUCUCUUCGUCUAUUGAAUGGCCGCCUCCCUGUUUACGUACUCGUUCCCCAAUUCCAAUCCGAAGUUUUUCAGCCGCCAAAGCUCAGCAGCUUCCUCAAUUACACCCUCUAAAUCCAGAUCCUAGCAACGAGGAAUCGCAAGAAGGCGAUGAUGGUUUGGGUUGGUUGCCUGCUUUUCCUCAUGUUCUGGUGGCUUCCAUGUCCAAUUUCUUAUUUGGGUACCACAUAGGGGUUAUGAAUGGUCCAAUUGUGUCUAUUGCAAGGGAAUUAGGGUUUGAUGGAAACCCUUUUCUGGAAGGGCUUGUUGUUAGCAUAUUUAUAGCUGGUGCAUUUAUUGGAAGCAUAGCUUGUGGUUCACUGGUUGAUAGAAUUGGUUGUAGACGAACAUUUCAGCUUGAUACGAUUCCUCUCAUUGUUGGUGCACUUAUAAGUGCACAAGCUCACUCGUUGAAUGAGAUACUAUUUGGAAGGUUUCUUGUUGGUAUUGGCAUUGGUGUUAAUACAGUUCUUGUUCCUAUCUAUAUUUCCGAGGUUGCUCCAACAAAAUAUAGGGGUUCUCUUGGAGCCUUGUCUCAAAUUGGUACAUGUAUUGGGAUUAUUGCAUCACUUUUUCUUGGAAUUCCGUCGGAAAAUGAUCCCCAUUGGUGGAGAACGAUGCUUUAUAUUGCAAGUGUUCCAGGACUUGUUCUGUCCCUUGGGAUGCAGUUUUCUGUGGAUAGCCCUAGAUGGCUUUGCAAAGUAGGAAGGCUUGGUGAGGCUAAGGAAGUUGUUUAUAAUCUUUGGGGACCAUCAGAAGUUGAUAAAGCAAUUAUGGAAUUUCAGUCGGUCAUUGUAAAAGAUGGGGCUGAUGAUGAUUUUGAUAGCAAGUGGCUAGAACUUCUAGACAAGCCCAACUCGAGAGUUGCGUUUGUUGGAGGGACACUCUUCUUUCUUCAGCAGUUUGCUGGCAUUAACGGGGUUCUUUAUUUCUCAUCUUUGACUUUCCGAGAUGUUGGGAUUUCAAGUAGUGCCUUUGCUAGCCUUUGUGUUGGGAUCACCAAUUUUGCAGGAGCGCUUACAGCUUUGUACCUAAUGGAUAAACACGGUAGGCAAAGACUAUUGAUUUCGAGCUACAUAGGGAUGGCUGUGUCCAUGUUUCUUGUUGUUCUCUCGAUCAGCAGUCCGAUUGAUGUAGAGUUUGGUCACGAUUUAUCAAUUCUUGGAACUGUCAUGUACAUAUAUGCAUUUGCUAUUGGGGCUGGUCCGGUGACUGGUCUUGUUAUACCUGAGAUCAGCAGUAACAGGACAAGGGGAAAGAUCGUGGCUUUUAGUCUCUCUGUUCAUUGGGUAUGUAAUUUCUUGGUUGGUUUAUUCUUCCUUGAACUUGUGGAGAGGUUUGGCGUUGCUCCGGUUUAUGCAAGUUUUGGUGGAUUUUCGCUGUUAGCAGCCGCAUUUUCUUAUUAUUUCGUGUUUGAAACUAAAGGGCGAUCACUCGAGGAAAUUGAAAUAUCCUUGUAUGGUAACUCUUCUGGGAAAGAUGAGUGAACUACAAAUUCUGGCCCCCAUUUCUUGUUGGUUGGACUUGGAGCUAAAGAUCACAUUGGAAUAUUGUUAUGGAUUUAGUUUUUUUUUUUUAUGUAGUUUUUAAAAGCUUAAAAUUGUUAUUUAAAAUGUGAAAUAUAUAAUAAUAUUGUUAUUAGGUAGUAAUGGAUGUAUAUUUUAUUUAUUA